CUCGUCCCCCCACCUCCUCUUUAUCUUUCCAGUGCGAAAACUUAAAAGUGAACGAAACGUUCCUCUUCUCAUUCACUCUACACGAAUAAAAAGUUUUUAAACAAAAGUAAAGCACGAGAGAGAGGAAAAGAAGAAGAAGAAGAAGAAGAAGAAGAAGAGAGAGAGAGAGAGAGAGAGAGAGAGAGAGAGAGAGGAGAUAUUGGGAGAUGCAGAGGCGCAGGUUAAGGGCGAGAGGCGUAUCCCUCCUGCGGUGGAUGCUAACGUGCGCCACGGGCGCCAUAGCCCUUGGGGCGCUCCUCGCCGUACACGUGUUCCCCUCCUCCGGCGUUCCCUCCAUCUCCGGCGCUCUCAAGCUCCGCGAGCAACAAAACGGGAUCGGGCGCCGGGGGCGGUGGCGGUGGAGCGGCGAGCUGCGGUGGACGCAGGAGUUCGCGCCGCCCCAACUCUCCAAACUGUCCUCUUCCGCCAAAAAGUUGAAUAGCGAGGCCACGGUUUUGGAGUUGUCGAAGCUCUGGAAGUCUCCGUCGAACCGGGAUUUCGCGCCCUGUGUGGCUCCAACUUCAAAUUAUUUGCCUCCUUCAGAGUCGAGAGGUUACUUGGUAGUUUACACCAAUGGCGGGCUAAACCAGAUGCGCGCUGGGAUAUCUGACAUGGUGGCCGUUGCCCGUCUGAUUAAUGCAACACUUGUUAUUCCAAAACUCGACAAGAGAUCAUUUUGGCAAGAUUCUAGCAAUUUCUCUGAUGUUUUUGAUGAAGACCAUUUUAUUCAGUCCCUGUCGAAUGACGCGAAAAUUGUUAAAAAGGUGCCGAAGGAGUUGGCACCUACUACCAAAGUACGAAUACAUUUUAGGAGUUGGUCUGGUGUUGCAUACUACCAAGAUGAGAUAUAUCGGUUGUGGGAUGAGUAUAAGGUCAUUCGAGCUGCUAAAGCUGAUUCGCGACUUGCUAACAAUAACCUUCCCCCUGACAUUCAGAAGCUUCGUUGUCGUGCCUUUUACGGGGCACUUCAUUUUGCCCCCAAAAUAGAGGCUCUAGGAAAAUUAUUAGUAGAAAGAAUGAGGUCGUACGGUCCCUAUAUCGCUUUGCAUUUGCGGUAUGAGAAGGACAUGCUUGCGUUCAGCGGGUGCACAUAUGGCUUAUCUCCUGCUGAAGUGGAUGAACUAACAAGGAUUAGAGAGGAUACUACCUACUGGAAGGUGAAGGACAUCGAUUCACUAGAUCAAAGGGCGAAGGGCCACUGCCCCUUGACUCCGAAGGAAGUUGGGAUUUUUCUUUCAUCUCUAGGAUAUCCGUCGAGUACUCCAAUUUAUAUUGCGGCAGGGGAGAUAUAUGGUGGAGACUCUCAUAUGGCCGAACUCGCAUCCCGGUUUCCUACUUUAAUGAGCAAGGAGAAAUUGGCAUCGGCAGAGGAGCUCGAACCCUUCACUCAUCAUGCAUCACAAAUGGCCGCUUUAGACUACAUCGUAUCAGUAGAAAGCGAUGUAUUUAUCCCCUCCUAUUCAGGCAACAUGGCGAGGGCGGUUGAAGGUCACCGCCGUUAUCUUGGUCAUAGGAAAACAAUUACUCCCGACCGGAAAGCACUAGUACGCUUGUUUGAUAAAGUCGCGCGUGGUUCCCUGAAGGAAGGGAAGAAGCUUUCAAACAUGAUACAGGAAAUUCACAGAAGACGGCAAGGAUCGCCCCGAAAGAGAAAGGGCCCGCUUUCUGGAACGAAGGGCAUGGAACGGUUUCGAUCGGAAGAAGCUUUUUAUGAGAAUCCUCUUCCUGAUUGCCUAUGUCAGCAGAGAUCUCAAGGAAAUGGAGUGGCUCUCUAGUUAAUUACCACUGCGUAAAUACCAGCUAACCGAGGUGGUUGAUAUGAUUUCAACUUGUUUGACACGAAAUACUGCGCUUUUUCAAGCUACUAUCUUUACAUGUCAUUUGAUCGUAGCGGCUGUCGCACGAGAUUCCUCCGAAUUGUAGAAUGACUGCAGAAGAUAUGUGCUUUUACGGGUAGAGUCUAUCAGCUAUCAAAUUCAAAUAAAGGAAUUGCGAGAAAGUUACAAGGUUUGGAGACCGACCGUGCGGAUGCAUUUCAUGCAAUGCGGGGUACACCACGCAGCAGGCCGAGAUUCACAUAUUAUUUGUGUCAGGAAAACCUGUUUGUAUUCUUAUCAAUUUUGCUGCUCGAAUGAGAAUUUUGGAUUCUUGCUGCUUCUUUUUUUUUUUCUAACAUAAAUUAUGACUCUGUAAACACAAAUACUACGAAUUCCCUCUGCAUCCUUUAUGGGACAAUAAAAUUUCUGUGCCCAUUUCUUGCUUA